UCUCCGGCCUUCCCACACGCAAUUUUCGUUCCGAUCUUGCUGGCAGCUGGAACAAGAAAGCGCUCCUCAAGCUACAUUUCAUCUCUCCGACCUCUCCGAUAUAUCAAGCACGCGCAAAGCCUUGUAGUCUGACUUGACGCGCCCCGCGUCACUCCCAGAGCAAGCACGAUGCCUAACACAAAAGACGCGAUAGCUGAGAAGCUGCCAUCCAAGGAAGAGCUCAAGGAAGAUGUCAAGGCAGCGUCAAAGUCAUCACUACAGUCGCUGCGAGCGCUGCUUGCGGGAGGUGUGGGCGGUGUAUGCGCAGUGGUUGUAGGCCAUCCCUUCGACCUGGUCAAGGUGCGAAUGCAGACCGCCGAGAAGGGUGUAUACAGUGGCGCCAUGGAUGUUGUAAAGAAAACAAUUGCAAAGGAAGGGCUUGCGAGGGGGCUGUAUGCGGGGGUAUCUGCACCGUUAGUGGGCGUCACGCCCAUGUUCGCUGUAUCAUUUUGGGGCUACGAUCUCGGAAAGCAACUCGUGUCCAGCGUCUCCAAGGUCGAGAACAAUCAGUACAGCGUCGCACAAGUCUCGGCCGCCGGCUUCUUCAGCGCCAUUCCCAUGACCAUCAUCACCGCACCCUUCGAGCGCGUCAAGGUUCUUCUUCAGAUUCAAGGCCAGAAGCAGCUAGCACCUGGCGAGAAGCCCAAAUAUGCCGGCGGUGUCGACGUUGUAAGACAGUUAUACAAGGAAGGCGGUAUUCGCUCAGUGUUCCGCGGCUCAGCCAUGACAUUAGCGCGUGACGGACCUGGCUCAGCGUUCUAUUUCGCGACUUACGAAACGGUGAAGCGGAAACUCACACCCAAAGACCCAGUCACUGGACAGCCGGGACCACUGAGCAUGUCCGCGGUCAUGGUUGCUGGUGGUGCCGCAGGUAUCGCUAUGUGGAUCCCAGUGUUCCCUAUCGACACAAUCAAGUCACGCUUGCAGAGCGCAGAAGGUCGACCAACUAUCGGCGGCACCAUCAAGGGCAUUCACGCAAGCGGCGGCCUCAAGGCUUUCUUCCCUGGUAUUGGACCGGCUUUGGCACGAGCAGUCCCUGCGAAUGCGGCAACGUUUGCUGGUGUUGAGCUUGCACAUAAAGCCAUGACGAAGAUGUUCGACCGCGAUGGCGAGUAAGAUACAACCCCCUGAAAGCAGCCUCAUUUCGCUUCAGUAACGCAUCUCUUUACUCUCAUGCCCAUUUCGUGUUAGAUUUUAGAAGAUUGGUGGCAUCGCAUUUGGCGUUUCGCUUGUUGCCGCCCAACCGUAUGUGUAUAAAGUAAGGGCGGGCCGUCUAGACGUGGCUGUACGUUCAUCCUAAAGCCUGAAUAUUCUUAUUCACUUCUUCUUCUUCUUCUUCUUUCCAUCCGUCUUGUUUCCGUACG